UCAGAUGUUAAGUUUGCGCUCAGUGUUCAGUGUCUGUUAUCAGGAGAAGGUUCGACUCUGUGAUCAGUUGCAGUGAUGCUUCUUAAGUUCAUUUGUGCGCUUGUGACCAGAUCACUAUUUAUAUUAAUUUCACUUAUAGGGAUGUGGAGAGUCAUUUGGGUGAAAAACAACCAGUUAUAUUGGUUUCUUACUAUCCUGUUUCUACCACUUGUAGUGGAAAUGCUGUUAACAUUGAGGAGUAGACAAGGGAACCAAUGCAAGUGGUUUUCUCCAGCAAUUUUCCUGUUCCUUGUUAGUAUUAUACCGAGCAUCUGGAUCCUUGAGCUUCAUCAUCGGGAGAAUAAACACAACAAUAUCAAGUGUAAUCGACUCAAUUCAUCAGAGAACAUUAAAGAACUCAUUAAUACCUGGAAGACCUUGAAUUCUACUAAUGUGACUGCAUUUUCUAAGAUUUUUCAAGGCUCAGAGAAGUUCUUGUCUUCAGUGUGUCCCAACGACUGGAUUUUGGCGCUACACCAGGCCAUGUUGGUGCUGCUGAUAUUGGGAAAGUGGCUGCUGCCUAACGAAGGAGGUCUCACCCGAGACCAGCUCUCGCAACUGCUCCUCAUCUUCGUUGGAACGGCCGCAGACAUCCUGGAGUUCACCAGCGAGACUCUGUCCGAUGUCUCGGAUAAGAGCCCAGUGGUGGUGUACAUUAUUCUAGCCAUCUGGACGUGGAGUAUGUUACAGUUCCCUCACAAUCUCACAGUGUUAAACCCUAACACAGAGGAGUACGAGGCAGAGGCUGGUUCUCUCCUUUCUAAACACCGAACAGACUUCUGGUCUGUGAUCGAAGCACUCUUAAUUCAGGACGGCCCGUUUUUGUUGGUCCGCUUGACCGUCAUGAUACACUUUGAAAUCGUUCACCAAAUGCUGGUCUUCUUUGCCAUCAAGAACUUUCUAGUGGUGGCACUGAGCAUGUAUCGACUCUGGGUCAUUUGUUUUGACUCCAGAGCCUGAGAUCCUUAAAAAGGUUUGAAAUCGAAUGUGUAAGAUGAACUUUCUUAUUAGGAUAUGGUGUAGCUGAGACUUGUUUAGGAGUUAGCUUUCAUUUACAAGUGUAGCUUACAUAUAUAUGUACAAGAUUCAUUACAGAGUGUAAUCUGAUAUCUUAGCUGUCAUUGUUCAUGAACUUAUCAUCAGGUAUCACUGUGUAUAUAAAUAAACACAAAGCCUGGGUUAAUACUA